UCAACAUUAGUAAUGUUUAUAAUCAAUUUUCGUGAUAAAAUGUCAUGUAAUUAAUGAGAAUUUCGAGAAACCAAAUUGAGAAAACUUUUUUUUGUCAUAAGGUAAUAUCCGCCAUAUUGAAUUUUUUUAAUGGUUCAGAGAAAUUUUUUUUCGCUUAAUUUACGUGCAAUAAGUAGAAUUUAUCUAGUCCGAACAUCUAUUAUUGUUGAUACAAAUGGACAUGAAAUGCAAAUAGAAUCACUUUAGGGAAAUUUUUGAGAAUUUCACAACUUUGAAAAUUGACACAUGUUGCUUCAAUAUGCCGAAUAUACAGGAAUAGAAACAGAGAAAAUCGUCUGACUCAUAUUGUUCUUUUUCUUCUCGCCAUUAUUACAUGUAUGUAUAUAGUAAUCCAACAAAAUGGGAAAGGAAAAGGUUCAUAUUAACAUUGUCGUCAUUGGACACGUCGAUUCCGGAAAGUCAACAACAACUGGACAUUUGAUCUACAAAUGCGGUGGUAUCGAUAAGAGAACAAUCGAGAAAUUCGAAAAGGAAGCACAAGAAAUGGGCAAGGGUUCAUUCAAAUAUGCAUGGGUUUUGGACAAAUUGAAGGCUGAACGUGAACGUGGUAUUACCAUUGAUAUUGCAUUGUGGAAGUUCGAAACAGCUAAAUACUAUGUCACCAUUAUUGAUGCUCCUGGACAUCGUGAUUUCAUCAAGAACAUGAUUACUGGAACCUCACAAGCCGAUUGUGCUGUCUUGAUUGUUGCUGCUGGUACUGGAGAAUUUGAAGCUGGUAUCUCAAAGAAUGGUCAAACUCGUGAACAUGCUUUGUUAGCUUUCACAUUGGGAGUCAAGCAAUUGAUUGUUGGUGUCAACAAAAUGGAUUCAACUGAACCACCAUACUCAGAAUCACGUUUCGAGGAAAUUAAGAAGGAAGUCUCAUCAUACAUCAAGAAGAUUGGUUACAAUCCAGCAGCUGUUGCUUUCGUCCCAAUCUCAGGAUGGCACGGAGAUAACAUGUUGGAAACAUCUUCAAAGAUGCCAUGGUUCAAGGGAUGGGCUGUCGAACGUAAAGAAGGCAAAGCUGAUGGAAAGUGCCUCAUUGAAGCUCUCGAUGCUAUCUUACCCCCAAGUCGCCCAACAGACAAGCCUUUACGUUUACCACUUCAAGAUGUCUACAAAAUCGGAGGUAUCGGAACAGUACCAGUCGGUCGUGUUGAAACUGGUAUGGUUGUUGUUUUCGCUCCAGUCAACUUGACAACUGAAGUUAAGUCAGUUGAAAUGCAUCAUGAAGCUCUUCAAGAAGCCGUUCCCGGAGACAAUGUUGGUUUCAACGUUAAGAACGUCUCAGUCAAGGAAUUGCGUCGUGGUUAUGUAGCUGGUGACACCAAGAACAAUCCACCAAAGGGAGCUGCUGAUUUCACAGCUCAAGUUAUUGUCUUGAACCAUCCAGGUCAAAUUUCAAAUGGUUAUACACCAGUCUUGGAUUGUCACACAGCUCAUAUUGCCUGCAAAUUCAAUGAAAUUAAGGAAAAGGUCGAUCGUCGUUCAGGUAAAUCAGUAGAAGACAAUCCAAAGGCCAUCAAAUCAGGAGAUGCUGCUAUUGUCAUCUUGGUUCCAACAAAACCAUUGUGCGUUGAAUCCUUCCAAGAAUUCCCUCCACUUGGACGAUUUGCUGUUCGUGAUAUGAGACAAACUGUUGCUGUCGGUGUCAUUAAGGCUGUAUCAUUCAAGGAUGCUUCAGGCGGAACAGCAGGAACAUCCAAUAAUAAUAAUAACAGUAAUACAGUUGGCAAUUCUUAUUCAUCUUUAUUCAACAACAAUAGUAAUAUUAAUAACAGCAACAUAAUUAAACGAAGAACAAUGACACUACCAUCAAAUGCUCGAGUGUAUGCUGACGUGAAUUCCCAUAAGCCACGAGAGUAUUGGGACUAUGAAAAUUAUGUGGUUGAUUGGGCUAAUCAGGAUGAUUAUCAGCUAGUUAGGAAACUCGGUCGAGGCAAAUACAGUGAAGUAUUUGAGGCAAUUAAUGUCACCAACAAUGAAAAGUGUGUCGUGAAAAUCCUCAAGCCUGUCAAGAAGAAGAAGAUCAAACGAGAAAUUAAGAUUUUAGAAAAUCUUAGAGGCGGAACUAAUAUCAUCACAUUGCUUGCAGUCGUCAAAGAUCCAGUUUCUCGAACACCAGCUUUAAUCUUCGAGCACGUCAACAAUACAGAUUUUAAGCAGCUGUAUCAAACACUCACUGAUUACGAUAUCAGAUUCUAUUUGUAUGAGCUCCUAAAAGCAUUAGACUAUUGUCACAGCAUGGGAAUAAUGCAUCGAGAUGUCAAGCCACAUAAUGUUAUGAUAGAUCAUGAGAAUCGCAAAUUACGUCUUAUUGAUUGGGGUCUCGCCGAAUUUUAUCAUCCAGGCCAAGAGUAUAAUGUUCGUGUCGCUAGUCGUUACUUCAAAGGACCCGAAUUACUUGUCGAUUAUCAAAUGUAUGACUACUCAUUAGACAUGUGGUCCCUUGGAUGUAUGCUCGCAUCAAUGAUUUUUCGCAAAGAGCCAUUCUUUCAUGGGCAUGACAAUUAUGAUCAAUUGGUACGAAUUGCAAAAGUUCUCGGCACCGAGGAAUUAUAUGCUUAUUUGGACAAAUAUAAUAUAGAACUUGAUCCAAGAUUCAAUGAUAUUUUAUCGAGACAUUCGCGUAAACGAUGGGAAAGGUUCGUACAUUCGGAGAACCAGCAUCUCGUAUCGCCUGAAGCCCUCGACUUUCUCGAUAAGCUUCUUCGUUAUGAUCACUGUGCUAGAUUAACAGCUCGCGAAGCUAUGGAUCAUCCAUAUUUUGCUGUUAUUGUCAAUGGACAAAUGCCUCAUGCGGUGGGCUUCAAGGGCAACAAUCAAUAGACUAUGUAAUCUACUACUACUUCUCUCCUUACUUACCUUAUUCCUCCUUCAAAAUUAAACGAAACAAAAGAAAUUAUAGAAAAUUUUCAUCAAAUCCUGUGUAACUUCCUUGAAAACAAAAAGAUAUCUU